AAGCAGAAUUCUCAACUCUUUAGCAGAAUGAAGGAAUUAACCCGUGUCCACCACAUGGCUCUUGCUGCGCUGCUCGUCGCCAUCGUCUCAGCGACUAAGUUCAAUGUGCCGCGGCUGAGACUGUCAUACAAAGACCUGCUGUCCACCAACAGGUCAUCUGUCUUCAGCGGUCACCAUGGCCAACUCACGCUCACUGCCGUCUUCCUGGAUGAGUACCGUGACCGCCUCUUCCUGGGCGGGAAAGACGUUCUGUACUCGCUCAUGCUGGGACCGGCCAGCAGCGAGUCUAAAGAGAUCUACUGGCCCCCUUUACCUGGCAACAAAGAGGACUGUGUUGAAACAGGGAAGGAGCAGACGGAGUGUGCCAACUUUGUUCGUCUCCUGAAGCCCUACAACCGCACUCACCUCCUGGCCUGUGGCACCGGUGCCUUCCAGCCCAUGUGUGCCUUCAUCAACGUGGGGCACAGAGGAGAGCACGUGUUCACGCUGGAUCCUACGAAUGUGGAAAAUGGACGAGGGAAAGUUCCUCAUGACCCCAGCCUCCCCUUUGCCAGCACCUUCAGCGGUGGAGAGUUAUACACGGGACUGACCGCAGAUUUCCUGGGAAGAGACUCUGUGAUCCUCAGGAGUAUGGGAGGUCGCUCCACUAUGAGGACCGAGACUGAUGAGAAACUUCUACAUGACCCCAAGUUCAUCGCUGCCCACCUCAUCCCAGACAACGACGACAGAGACGACGACAAAGUAUAUUUCUUCUUCACUGAGAAAGCCACGGAGGCCGGCAACAGGGAGGGGGCCAUACACUCCCGAGUGGGACGAGUGUGUGCGAAUGACGUUGGAGGCCAGAGAAUGCUGGUGAACAAGUGGAGUACCUUCAUCAAAGCCAGACUGGUUUGUUCUGUACCAGGUCCUCAUGGCAUCGACACACACUUCAACCAACUGGAGGAUGUUUUCCUGCUCAGGACCAAGGAUGAGAGGAAUCCAGAUGUCUAUGCAAUAUUCAGCACUAUCAGCAAUGUGUUCCAGGGAUUUGCUGUGUGUGUUUACCGUAUGGCUGACAUCCGAGAAGCUUUCAACGGACCCUUUGCUCACAAAGAGGGUCCCGACUACCAGUGGGGAGCUUAUGAAGGCAGGGUCCCUUAUCCACGACCAGGGGUGUGCCCGAGUAAAAUCACCAACCAGCCUGGCAGAGAGUUUUCCAGCACAAAGGAUUUCCCUGAUUCGGUGCUGCACUUCGCCCGCAGCCACCCGCUGAUGUGGCGGCCCGUCUAUCCAGCUCUGCGCCAACCCGUGCUUGUGAAGGCCAACAUCCCCUACAAGCUGAAGCAAAUUGUGGUGGACCGGGUCGAGGCAGAGGAUGGCCAGUAUGAUGUCAUGUUCAUCGGCACAGACAUUGGCACAGUGUUGAAGGUCAUCGCCCUGCACAGUGGAAACAGUCUAGAGACAGAGGAGGUCACACUGGAGGAGCUGCAAGUCUUUAAAGUGCCAACUCCAGUUACAUCGAUGGAUAUAUCCGUAAAAAGGCAAGCCCUGUAUGUGGGCUCUCCAGCGGGUGUGGCACAGGUGAAGCUGCAUCGCUGCGAGACUUACGGGAAAGCCUGUGCCGAAUGCUGCCUGGCCAGAGACCCUUACUGUGCCUGGGAUGGAUCCUCAUGUGCACAAUAUGCAGCCAACAGCAAGCGCCGCUACCGCAGGCAGGACAUCCGGCAUGGAAACCCUGUGCUGCAGUGUGUGGAUCAGAACCUGAGCGAAGACCUUGACGUGACAGAGGACAGGGUGGUGUAUGGGACUGAGAACAACAGCACCUUCCUGGAGUGUCUCCCUCGCUCCCCACAAGCGACUAUAACCUGGCUCGUCCAACAGCAAGACCACAAGGAAGAGGUGAAGCUAGACGAUCGUGUGAUAGCUACAGAGCGGGGUCUCCUGAUCCGCCGUCUCUUCCGCCAGGAUGAAGGCGUGUACAUCUGCCGCUCCCGAGAGCACAGCUUCACGCAGACCCUGGUCCGCCUCUCCCUCGAAGUCCUCCAGGGGGAGACCGUGGACGAGCUCAUGGCGCGGGACAACGCCGGCCUCUCUGACUCGUACAAGGACCGAUCCACAGGGGGUUACAGGGCCUGGAUGCCCUGUGGUGCGUACACCAGGGGUGGCUCCUCAAGCCAAAUUGGCCAAUCACGUACCUGGUUCAAAGACAUCAUGCAACUGAUCGGGCCGUCAAAUCUGCCGCACGUGGAGGAGUACUGCGAGAGGAUGUGGUGCAACGACAAGCUGAGGCGGAAGCACAAGGGCAUGCUGGAGAAGUACCGCCAAGCGCAGGAGAGCGCCAGGAAGGCUCGCAGCAAGAGCUCCGGCGAACGGAACCGGACGCCGCGGGAUCUGAGCGCAUGGGAGGAGUAAUGAAGAGAAUGUGGGAGGGGCAAAGAAGGAGGAAGUGAAAGGUGGAAAAAAAGAGAAUUGUAGUAUCGGACAAGAUGAAAGGGACAACAAAAAGGAUCAAGAUCAAUCUCGUAGUUGAAACUUUGGCACUAGGAUUUUUUAGGAAUAAGGGAGAUCAGAACAGCUUUAGCCGGUCAUCCAACCAAACCGAAUAGAUUUAAUGAAAUCAGUGAUUUAGUCUAUGUGAAGGUCAGGUGCUAGAGCGUGGUUGUCUUGAUAGACAAAACAAAAAGAGCCGUUGGACACUGACAAAGAGGAAACGGGAGAGGUACACGCUGAGGAGGAUUUAAAAAAAUCUUGAUUACCAAGGACCCCUCCCCCGCCUGACAACGUUGCCCUUGUGCACAUUUACUGUCAUUGAAGAGACAGACACUCUUUUAAUUGCAUCACGUCGUUUAAGUCAAUCUUCACUGAGAAAUCCCUCGACACUCCACAAACCUCUGAUUUAAAAAAUGAAUAAAUGUAUGCAUGCCUGUGGAUUGACUUUACCAAGAGCAGACCCUGUUUUGUGUCUGCCUUGGCAGCCUUGUGUACUCUUUGAUGAACAGUGUGUUGCCUCAUAUUAUUGUGUUGAUCGUCUGAUGACACUCCUAGCUGCACUAGGCAGGUUAAAAACUGACUGACUCUCAACAGAGAGGAACAUCAACAUUUACAUAUUUUACUUGGACCAGAAAACAGCAUGUUUGCUAAAUGCAGCUUUGACGUGUACAAUUACUUUCCAUUGCUUUUUUCAAGUUGGUCACAUUUCACACUGGAUUCAUUUCCUUCUCACUUUCUCUCCAACAGCCCAUACCUCUUGCCUUGAUCUGCCCUCGACUUUGUUUUUAAGUUCACGUUCAUGUGUGACUUCAGCCUCGAGACAAAGCGACCUUUACUGUAUUUGUUAGGGGUGCAUGGAGCUAACGAGGCACACAGACUAAAGCUGGGCUCAGACAACAGGAGUUUCAGGCCGAUUUAACCCCUUUUUUGCCCCCCACCAGAGAAUCAGAGGAGAAAUCCGGCCUGGAACCUUUUUCCGUUCUGAUUUUAGGCCCGGACUAUAUGGCAGUGUGAGGGGUUUACAGAGCCAUUCGGUCACCUCCCGAAAUGCCUGCGGAAUCAUCGUGGUUCCCCGAUAGUAAUCAUCAAAAUGUUCAGGAUUUUUCGGAAGUCGCGCUGAUUUUAUCAGUACUUUCAGAGCGGAACCAAUGAGGGAGACGAGCCAAGCAGCUGUUAGUGUUGCCAAGCUUACACUGCUAACAACACUUUCAGCUUUUCAACAUUACAGAGCUUUUAAAAACGGUGACCACCAAACAAGCUACUGUACAAGCUCGCUGGACAGCCGAGUUGGAGCAAAGGCUUGUUGACUUGAGUGCUGGUACAACGUGUCUUCCUUUUUCAAUCUCUGCAAAGCAUUAUUACAGAUAGAGCAAGCUGUUGCACUAUGCCAAUAAUCGUAAUAUCAUGUAGUGUGUGAUGUGCCAUUAUUUUCAAAUCUUGUAGCGUGUGCAUGUUUGAGAUCAAGGCGAAUAUUCUCCUCUAGGCCGUGAUACAACCCUGAUUUAGGAUUUUAAAACUCCUCGUCUGGGCCCGGCUUAAGACACUCUCUCAAAUACACUCACACACACACACACACACUCACUCUUACAUAAACUGACAUCCCACUAACCCAUAACACUGAAUGUAUAAACUCAUCUUACUCAGACUGGAAGCUACCAUGAGACGACUGUUGAUGGUUCAACAGAUUAAAGGCACAUUGCUUUAUUUUCACUGCUGUGGGUUUCCAUUAAACACCAGCUAGAGAUCACAAUCCCUCUUCGCUCACCCCUUACAGGGAUAAUACAGAGACUCAUGUUCAUGCUUUUGGUUUAUAUACCAUUCGGUCUCUUGGAAUGUACCUAACAAUCCUCAAUUAUGGCUUCCGAGGGGGAAAGAAAACCCUUCUCAUCUGGAACCAACCAACCAAUGAAUGUUUAGUUGAUUUGCUCUUGAUAAAAUAAUUGUAAUCGUACAUUCAUUUGGGCCAUAAACUAACUCACUAUUAAACAGGCUAAACUCCAGUAUCCUCACUCCACAUGUUAAUGAGCCACUUAGCUCCUUUUCCCAAAGUUCCUCUGUGUGCUGGAGCUUUCCGGUGACAACAGAGGGAAGAGCAGAAGGGUCAACUAUAAUCACUAUCUCUUCUUGUCAUUCUGCUUUGUAAACACUGGUUUUGAGACGGUUCACGGUUUGAACACAUGAUAAUCCACGAUGUUAUUAUCAUCAGUUUUGUUGUUAAAAUAUAACUUUUACGAGCUGCUCAUUCCUCCAUAGGUUUCCUAUCCGCGGGUAGCAGGCAGAGAGGAGAACGGAGGGUUUAAUUCAUUAAUCCGACGGUUUUGAAUAGGAUAUGUACAUUGUGCAAGUGGAAAAAAAUCAUCCACUGUCCAGCUAUAAACUGUACAAAGGUUAUCUGUGUCCUUAUUACAUUCAUUUGAAAACAGCUACAUAGACAUAAAGUGAGAAACAGGGUCCACAAGAAGCCAAGUUUCUUAGAAGCCAAAGAACUGAGGACGUCCAACAUGGCUGCCAAAGGGCGUGUUCACCUCUUGUAAAAUUCUUUUGUAUGUAUUCAAAUGGAAGAUGGUUGAUCUAUUCUGGGAGCCGUGUAAUUGCUUAAAAUUAGCCAGGAAGCAACAUGACACCAAUAAACCGGUGGGGUUUUUUGUGACCUUCGUGGCGUAUGAAUGGCCGCUCAAGAGGACAAACGCAAAAAAGAGAAGGAGUUGGGGAGAAGAAAGGAGAGGUAGAUUUUAAAAAAGGUACUGUAAGGCAUUUUGUGAAUGCUGUUAUUUGCAAUUUAUUAAAAUCAGAAUCCUCAUUACAACACAUACCACAAUGUGAAUGAAUAUAAAGUGAGAAGGAAAAGGUUUGUUUUUUUUCAGUUUAGGGAUUGAGGGACUGGCUAUCAGACUGCAAUUGAAAUAUUUGAUCUGAAAAAUAUUGCUUGUGAUCAACCUGAUAAAUGACAGAAUGACAGGAAGAUGCAUGAAACAAAGAAAGAAACCCAGGGUAAAAACUGUUUGAGUAAAAAACUUUAUCGAUCUUAAUAAUCUUGAAUAAAAGUCAAUUUUUAUAUUUUACUUUUAUCAUCAUUCUGUGGAAACGGCUACACAAGCACUUGGUCUGGUCAGUGAAGAUGAUGUUUGUUGUUGUGGUGGUGGUGGUACCAGAUUUGUUUGAGCUUCGUCCUUUCUACAUCCUGAAUUACUGUCAUUAGAAAAAGUAAAUGAGUACAUUUUGCAACUAUGAUUGUGAGUUUAGUUGGUAAAAAUGUCUGGAGAUAUAAGGUUUUACAUUUUACGGCCACUCUCAUAGGAUGGAAGCACCAGAAGAAACGCUGACACUCUUUUUGUGAUUUAAUAAGCUUCAGAAUGACAUCGGUCACACUUUCAACUAUAGAGCAGAAAAGAUGUGCCAUUACUUAUUAAAUAUCAAAAAGCAUUUCAGCUGUUGUUGUACAUUUGUACACAUUGUGUUGUGAUCUUGCAUCUGACAUUUGAUAUAUUUAAACUUACUAUAAUGAUGACAAACCUCUGUAGCUAGUUGUGUUCGGCGCAGUUUGUCAGUCCUUUUUUUUUUGGUUUUUAACUUGAAUCUAAAAAACAGAGUUUGGAUUUGCAGCACUUGUCCUGCCUUAAUGUUCAUCUGUAAUAUUUUACAGUGUAUGUGUAAGGACAAUUGGUGGAUGUAUCAUUUGUCAGGGAUUUAAACUUAAAGAAAAAAAAAAACUGUUCACCCCUGUUGAACUGCAGCAGGCGAAUUCACUGAUAAGCUGCUCCUCCAGAAUACCUACACAUGCUCUGACCUCCAGUUACUCUACACAGAGCAGACAGGAGGUUUGGGACAAUGUUAAAAAGGAGACUGCAGUUAAAACAUUUGAACAUUUAAACAGCCCAUUAAUCCAUCAGUCCAUACAGUAUAGUAUUCAUUGGCCUUGAAACGUUGAACAAGCAUGACCGACGGAUAAUAACUUGUUUUGUUUCGCUUUUUUGUUGUUUCGGGAAUAACACCACAAUUUACAAUAUAGAAACGGAUCUUUGGAUUGGAAACGGACAUUUUCUUGGUGAAAAUGCUUCAUUGUACUGUAAAGAUUGUGUGCUGGUUGUGGGGUCUCCGACACGAAGAGCAUAAUUUAAAUGUGUAUUUAUGUUUUAUUUAAGUGUCUUUCUACCACGCAUGCUGUGUAGUUGUAUGCUGUGUAACAACAUUAAAAGAUGAUUUUCUAACAUAAA